ACCAACCAGUGAGAGGAAACAAACAUCCACGCGCAAUGACAAUGGAUGAGGAGAAAUUCGACGGACUACUGCUGUCGAUGGCUCAGCAACACGAAGGUGGAGUUCAAGACCUUUUGGAAACGAUAUUCAGUUUCCUAGCAAGAAAAACAGAUUUUUAUACCGGAGGAGAUGAAGGUGCUGCUGAGAAGCUUGUCAAUAGUAUAUUCAAAAAGUAUCAAUCCACAGCAAUAACUAAGAAAAAUAAAGAGAAGGCUGAACGAGCUGAGCAGGAGAGAAAGAGGAAAGAAAAAAUAGAGAAGAAAAAGAAAGAAGCAGCUCUUGAACAUGAUUCUAAAAUUGUUGAAUUAACUGAUGAACAAGCUGUUAAGUUACAAGAAGAAAUUGAUUCUAAGAAAAAUGUUGAAAAAAAUACAACUGCUAAUACAAGUGAUAAGGUGGAAGAGAGCAAGAAGGAAAGUGGUCCAGGUGACGAAGAUGAGGAUGAAACUGAAAAGAACAAACUGAAGCCCAACAUAGGCAAUGGUGCUGACAUGCCAAAUUACAGAUGGACACAGACCCUCCAGGAUGUUGAGGUGAGAGUGCCGCUGAAUGUGAAGUUCAACGCACGAUCAAAAGACGUGUCUGUUGUGAUAACGAAAAAUCACUUGAGAUGUGGUCUUAAAGCUCAGGAUCCGAUCAUCGACGGCGAUUUACCGCAUGAAAUCAAACUUGAAGAUUCAACGUGGGUCAUCGAGGAUGGCAAAGUUUUGCUCUUCAACUUGGAAAAGGUAAACAAAGUGCAAUGGUGGGCUCACUUGAUCACAUCUGACCCCGAAAUCAGCACAAAAAAAAUCAACCCAGAACCUAGUAAAUUGUCUGACUUGGAUGGCGAGACUCGUGGACUGGUUGAGAAGAUGAUGUACGAUCAACGUCAGAAAGAAAUGGGAUUGCCGACGUCCGACGACCAAAAGAAACAGGACGUCAUUAAAAAAUUCAUGGAACAACAUCCGGAAAUGGACUUUUCAAAAUGCAAAUUCAACUAAAUUAACUCAAGGAUAAGAUUUAUUAUUUACAUUACAAGUUUCCAAUUAUGAUAUUUAUAAGAGAAAAUGAGUGAUGAUUCGAAAGUAU